UGCAGAGCCAUCUAAGGUUUCAGUCCACAGCCUUGACAAUGGUCAAGUGGAGCAGGGUGCUUUAUCUGAUCAGAAUCUUGUGACAGUUGCUGAUACGAGCAGUACUAUUUCUUCAGUUUCUUUUAACCACUUACCGGAUGUCCUUAAGCAUGAAGCUUUCCGUAGCUCCUACAUUCACCCUCUUAUUCAGAAUAGAUUAAGGCAAAUGGAGAACAGAUCCCCUUUGGAUGAUUUGAGACACGGAGAAGUUUCUCAAAUUGAAGCAUCUUCCAGUUCAGGAAUCUGCUGCAGUCAACAUUUUCUACAGUCAACUUCUGGCAACAUUCUCAAAUUGAAUGGUGCAUGCCUUGAACAGUUGGUGAAGGCAAGUAAUAUGGGCCUGCUUGAGCUUUCACCAGCAGAUGAGCUGGAAGGAGAGCUCGUUUAUUACCAGCACAGACUGCUUUGUAAUGCUGCUGCAAGGAAACGUUUUAGUGAUGAUUUAAUUGUUAAGGUUGUGAAUAGUCUCCAACAGGAGACUGAUGCUGCUAGACAACGAGAAUGGGAUGCUGUUCUCGUUAGCCAGUAUCUUUAUGAGCUUAGGGAAGCCAAAAAGCAAGGAAGGAAAGAAAAACGACAUAAGGAGGCUCAGACUGUACUGGCUGCUGCAACUGCUGCAGCUGCCGCAUCGUCUAGGAUUUCAUCAUUGAGGAAAGAUAAUGUAGAAGAAUCUAUGCACCAGGAGAUGAAUGCUACCAAUGAAAGGCUUAGGCUUUCUUCCCAACAGCAUCCUCGUGUCAAGGAGACGCUUUCAAGGCCAACCAGUGUGCGGAUAUUACCAGAGACUAACUCUGAUCUUGUCCAGCCAGGUUCAGAUUUUUUGAAAGACCAUGCCAGAACUUGUGAUGUCUGCAGACGGGCCGAGACCAUUUUAAAUCCCAUCCUAGUUUGUACCAGCUGCAAGGUUGCUGUUCACUUGGAUUGCUAUCGAAGUGUAAGAAACUCAACAGGUCCUUGGUAUUGUGAACUAUGCGCGGAUUUAUUGUCAUCUGGGGGCUCUGGAGCUCAAGCUUCUAAUCUUUGGGAGAAGGAGAAACCUUGUUUUAUUGCAGAAUGUGGGUUAUGUGGUGGUACUGCAGGCGCUUUUAGAAAGUCAAAUGAUGGUCAAUGGGUUCAUGCCUUCUGUGCUGAAUGGGCCUUUGAAUCAACUUUCAAAAGAGGGCAGGUACAACAAAUAGAGGGAAUGGCAACUGUCCCCAAGGGUAACGAUGUCUGCCUCGUAUGCCAGCGGAGAAAAGGUGUAUGCACUAAGUGUAGUUAUGGUCACUGUCAGAGCACAUUCCAUCCCUCUUGUGCUAGAAGUGCUGGCUUCUUUUUGAUCAUGAGAACUAACGGUGGCAAGCUGCAGCAUAAAGCAUAUUGUGAUAAACAUAGUUUGGAACAGAGACUUAAGUCUGAGACUCAGAGACAUGGGGUGGAAGAACUGAAGAGCCUGAAGCAAGUCAGGGUUGAAUUGGAGCGAUUACGGCUAUUAUGCGAAAGAAUUGUUAAGAGAGAGAAGCUGAAGCGGGAAGUAAUCCUUUGCUCACAUGAUAUUCUAGCUUCAAGUAGAGACAAUGCUGUUUUAUCUGCUCUGACUCGACACCCUUACUUCCAACCUGAUGUUAGUUCAGAUUCAGCUACUACAACAUCCAUUAAAGGCUACACUGAUGGCUAUAAAUCAGGCAGUGAAACAAUACAAAGAUCAGAUGACAUAACAGUAGACAGUGCUGUAGCAGGAAAACGACGCAUUAAGUUUCCUGUGCCUAUGGACAAUGAUCAGAAGACUGAUGAUAGUUCUAUAUCACCCAACCCUGUCACACAAAAACCUGCACAACGAGCUUCAUUUUCUGGGAAGCAAAUCCCUUAUAGAGCUUCUUGCAAUUCUACAGAUGACGGGGACAAGCGAUUGAGCUACAGAAAGCAUAUGGAAACUUUUGAGAAAGAGCUGGUAAUGACUUCAGAUCAAGCCUCAAUGAAGAACCAGCGAUUACCUAAAGGGUACGUCUAUGUCCCAAUCCGGUGCCUUCCGAAGGAGGAGGAAGCUGCUCCAGAUGAGUGUUCUGGAGAACCACUGGAUCCUGAUGGAUAGAUUUAGCUCAGUCAUUGUAGGAUUUUGGUUCGAACGAGCACGCCAUAUCUGGCAUUUUGCUGCUGGUACACCAUUUUUAUCUGAACCAUCGGGGAGGAUGGCUUAUUUAAAGUUAAGAUGAUGUCAACAAGCGCCCUUCCAGGAGCCAUCGAGAUUAGGUUGAGGACGGUAUCUGAUUGUUGUAUAUUCAUUCAGAGCUUACUGUACAGUGGAAUUUGGAGUGGUUUGAAUGGCUAUGUCCCGAUGGCUGUUUGUGGUGAGCUGGGUGGUGAUAGUAGCUCUGCUUCUUGUAAUUGUAUACAGUAGUUAGAGGAUAUUCCCUACUACGCAAGCCUUGUAAAGUUAUUGUAAAUAUUCUUACAGUGUUGAUUCAAAGCAAUUAGCGCAGAGCAGUGAGUUUAAUUUUAUCAUCAUAGUUCCACAUUA